AUGGCUUCAAAGAACUCUAAAACCACAAAUUCCCCAUCCGUCAAUAAUGUUCCUCAAGGUCAAAGCGCUCCAUAUGUUGUUGGAACAUUAUCACAUAGUCGCAAUGCGGAAGUAUGGGGCAAUUGGGACUUGGUCGAAAUGAGUGACGGUUCGCAAAAGGCCCAAUGUAAACAUUGUGGCGCCUUGUUAAGCAAGGACUCUAACUCGACGUUAACGAAGCAUGCUAAAAAGUAUUGUAAAGCUUUAAAAGAUUUGCCACCCGGUCAAGUUCAACUCUCAAAAGAUGGUAUGAUAUUUCGCUAUGAACAAAAGAUAGCUCGAGAUAGGAUGGCGAAGUUGGUGAUUCAAAAAGCGUUGUCGUUUGGACACUUCGACGACCCCGAUCUUACUAAGCUUAUUAGGGAAACGCUUCAACUUUGCUACAAACAUAAAAGAUUUAAUUGCUUUUUUUUAACUUUAAAAACUAGUGUAAACCUAACUAGUGAUGUGUGGUCGGCUCCACACGGUUUACCCGAAUCAUACAUUUGUGUCACCGCUCAUUGGGUUGAUCCCGAUACAUGGCAAAUGAUGAAGCGUACGAUUGCAUUUGAAGAGUUUCCUUCUCCUCAUACGGGAGAAAAUAUUUAUAAAAUUAUAAAUGCCACAAUAAUGAAAUAUUGUUUAGAGGAUAAAAUUUUUUCAAUAUCAUUUGAUAACGCUUCAAACAACUCAAAUGCAAUCGAUAAAUUAAAGUUGAAGUACAAACCAAUUGUUGAUGGUGUUUGUUUCCACACAUGGUGUGUUGCACAUAUUAUUAACUUAGUUGUGCAAACCAGUUUAAAAGAUAAAUUUGUAUCGGAUUUUAUUAUAGCUUUUAGAGUAAUACUUCAAGAUGUUUUCAAAAGUGGCAAAGAACGAUACCAAGAUUACAAAAAGCUUUGUAAAGAUGUUAACCAAAAAUUAAUUGGACCUAAUUGGGAUAUUCCAACUCGGUGGAAUUCAACUUGUGAUAUGUUUAUAAUGGGAGUGAAGGGUAAAAAUUUGGGGUUUUCUAGGAAAAAACACAAAUUUUUUUAA